AUGUCGGACGAGUUGUUGCAAAGGUUCCUCACAGCGGUUGAAGAAGGUGAAAUAACUUGAGCCUCAGGAAAUGUGGCCAACUUUUGAUAGUACGCUUUUCGUUUCUCUCAAAGUAGAAUAGAUUUCAAAGCAACUUCAUGUUGAAAAAAGUUAUGUAUUGAAAAAUUCUCUAUAAUUGUUGGUUUUAUCAGGAUUUAAGAAACUUUAUCGAAGUUUUACGCUUUGAAACCACUUAAAUUCGGAAAGCUAGCAGCUUUGAGUUUCCCGCGCUGUAGAAUUGCUGAAGAUAGCGUUUUUUAAAUCGCAAUCCUUCGGAGGCGAAAAGAAAUUGGAGUUUACUCGUGUACUAACGCUCAAAUAAUGCAUGACACAGCUAUUUAAAAAUUCAGAAGACGGAAUCGCUUUGAAAUUGAAGCGAAAAAAGAAAAAUAACUCAAACGGGGAGAAGGAUUACCUGAAAAAGGUGCUCCGAGCUGCUGAAAAAGGAAAGGUGGGGCUUUCGGAUUAAAAAAAGAUAAUUUUGAAUAUGUAGGUAGAUUUGGAGCCCGAAGAAAGCUAUAUUCUUCAUGCUCCGAGUACUUCCCGCGUGAAGGAGUAUUUCGACGACCGGUUAGCUUCGCAGGUAAUUUUUGAUUGAUUUUUUGAAGAUUUAUCUUGAAUUUAUAUAUUCAUUAUUGUAAAAUGAAGUUUUUUUGUAGGGGCUUCUCGUUGGUGGAACAGGCGCGUUCGCACAAGCCGAGGGAUUUGAAAAAUAGGAAUUUGAAGUUGGUUCUGUUUUCAACUUUUUUCAACUUUUUUGAAGCGGAAUGAAGUAAAAAUCCUUCGAAAAAUAUGUUCAAAAAGGCUUUUUGUACUAAUUUUCAUCACUUUUCUUGGUGAAGAUAUUUUCAUCGUGUCACCUGACGAAUUAAAAUGUUUCUUUGUGUUUUUUGAUUUUUCCAUGAUCAUUCUUUCCUUCAGAUACAUCAAAUACGUUGAAUCGAGAAAAUUGGACGGCGAGAAGGCGAAAAAGUUGGUCGCUGGACAUUUGGCCACAAAAGAAGACAAAUCGUCGAUUCGGAAGCUUCGCGAGCAGAAUUCCGGUGAGGAAGUUGAUAAUUGUGAAAUUCUCUGUUUUUAAUGGUUCUUCUGUUGAAUCUGAGCCAUCCGUUUUUUUCUGAUUUUAUCUAAUUUUUAGUAUGAAAUAAAAAUCCUAUAACAGCCGAUGACAAAUUCGUGCAGAUUUUCCUAGGAUUGAACCAAUUUGACAUCAUCAAACGUUUCAUUUUAGGACUAAAAGAGCCGCGACGGAUUCUGAAAGGCUCGAAAGAGGCCAAGCCAAAGGACGAGAGCGUUUUCAGCGACGCCGACUUUGCCGUCAUUUCGCGACGGCCGCGACGCGUCAAUACCAUUUCGGACCACUCGUUUUUGUAA